UGACAGGAUGCUUAUCACAUCUGAACAUUUAGCCCCGAGGAACUGUACCUCCUUAUCUUUAAAUGCAGCCACGAGAACAUGAUCAGAAUUUUAAAAGAAAGAUACAAAGGAAAGAUUGGGAAACAGGAGAUUUAGUGAUGAAAUUAGCAGAAAUGUAAUCUUUUAUCAGCACUUACUUUGACUAAGAUUUGCAGAUGGUUUAACAGAUUUCUCAAUCAGAAUGAAAUAUUUAACAUUAAUAUUAAAAAAUCAACAAACAGGAGGAAGAUUCGAUCGGUAGAAUCUAAUUAGAAAUAGUGGAGAACCUUAUCAGGAUAUAAUUGGCACUAAUGAAUGUAUAAUUAGGUUAGUUUGAAGAGCUUGGAGGUAACAUGCAUCAAACGCUGAACGAAGACAUUUAGAAAGAUUGAGAGAAAAUGCAGAAAUGUAAAGACAACCAGGCUUUAUCCGAUCUGAGCCAGAGAUUUCUGCUAUUUCUACCAUUACAGGAGAACAGGGAGUGAAAAUGUAAGAUUUCCAGUGCAGCAGUUAAAAAGUAGGGAUUUGAAAAUGUGGCUCAAUUCAGUUGGCACCCAAAUACACUGCUGGGAAAAGCAAGAAGCGCUGUGCAGAGGAAUGAUUCAGUUAAAGAGGGAAAAUAUCAGGGUUCAGAGCUGAGAAUAUGACAGGAUUAAGCCCCAGUGGAGCAGGGGCAGGAAUGUGCAGGGUUUAAUGCGAGGAGGUUUUCUUUCAAAGCGUGUCAGAGUGAUGGAGAAGCCCUGGAUGUUAUUUUUGCAAACUUUCGCUUCCUCUGUGCUUCUGUCUGUGACACUUUUCUAGCCUGAAAAAAAUCUCUUCUAAAGACCGUUUUGUGAAAGUUCAGCCGCUCUCCUCUCGGCUCUGUUCCAUCCAGCCUCCUUUCAGCUCGGCUGCAGCAGCACGUCCAAAAGGCAAGAUGGAAGAGCCGAUCUAUAUGUGCAAUUAAAUUGAUCUGUGACCGGUUUUCUGUGUGAGCUCCCCGCCUCCUUCCUUCUAUUCUCUUACAGAUUUUGACAGGCGAAGGCUUCUGGGUUGAGGAAAAGCAAAGAUUUCUCCACAUCUGUCAUGCAGAAAAGGGGUCAACUACACAGAAAAACGCAGGAGGCAAGUAAGCAAACAGACUCAUCAAACCAUCCAGUGACCCUUCGUGCCCUUUGGAUGGAGGCUUUGUCAUCCUGGAGGAGACCGUCAGGAUAGAAAUGUUUCAUGGCAGCGUAGAGAUGAGUCAGAUGCAAUUAACAUUCUGACCAGAAGAUGAACUGGCACUCCCUGACGAUUGAGGGCAAGAAGCAGAUUUGCCAUUUCCCAGCCUCAGCCGAUGGGUUCAUAACCUCCACUUGAAUCUAUGGGAGGAGCUCUGUGAUGCUGCUAAUGGACUACUCGAAACGUCGUCGGUGCAGACUGCGGUCGAUUGGAAUAUUUUGAUCUGAACGCACCAGAGCUGAUUGGUUUGCAGCUUUACUGUGACCGUUAAACUGUCUCACCAUGGAGCACUCUCCUUCCAUAAACCUGUCGGUGGUGGAUGGAGACGAGCUGGAGGACCACCGUCCCCUGCUGCCUCCCCGGAUGAUUCCUCCACCUCAGGCCUGCACGCCCCAGUGUGGGAUUCACCACAUGGUCCAAACAGUACCGGAUCACACCGUGUGGCUGGACAGAACCCAGGCCAUGGCCACCACACCUCUAUACAACGGCCACCUGUUCGUCACGCCUUCACCUCGCCCCAACAGGAAGGGAGACAAAGCCAAAGGCAAAGAGAAGAAGGGCGAGAAGAAGUCGCUGGGGAACCGACAAAACGCAGCUUCCAGGGAGAGGAAUCACCAGUGUAAAAACGCAAACAGACUGCAGGAGAACAUCACAUCCUUCACUGAUGUACCCAUCUCUCCCUGCGGGUCGCCCUUCACGGGCCCCUGCAGGCCUCACCUAGAUGCCUGGGAUGUGGAUGGUCGAGGGCGCCGCAAGUCAGGUAACGUUUCCAUGGAGAUGCACGACCGCCAGAGCCUCCCAGAGAUCAUCAUCACCAACAAGGAUGAGCAGAUGCCCAAAAAUUCUUCCCAGUACGGUCAGAACCCCAAUGAGGCCAAAGGCCUGCUGCCGGGAUCCGAGUGUCCCAGUUCCAGUCCCACUCAGAGUCCUCAGCAGAGCCCCAAACACAAGAUGGACAGCAAGGACGACCCGUACUGGAGGACCCACAACAUCGGCUGGCGGCUGGUCCACAGGAGGGCCCUGUUUCUGAGGAGGCAGCGGCUGAACGACUGCGCCCUGGCGGUGGGGAUAUUCGGGGUGGUGAUGAUGGUGAUGGAGACGGAGCUGUCCUGGAGCGUCUACAGUAAGAGCUCCACCUACUCCCUCACCCUCAAGUCAGUCAUCAGCUUCUCUACGCUCAUCUUGAUCGGCCUCAUCAUAGCGUAUCACUGCUGCGAGGUGCAGCUCUACGUUCACGACAUCGGUGCGGCGGAUUGGCGGAUUGCCAUGACGACCGACCGCUUGGCUCUCAUCGCCCUGGAGCUGGCGGCGGUGGCCAUCCAUCCCUACCCGGUGGGCCUGCUGGAUUACUUCCAGAAGAAGAAAAGCCGCAUGACGCUGUCGGAGACGGAGCUGGAGAUCGUCCUGGCCCUGCCCAUGUUCCUGAGGCUCUACCUGCUGGGCCGGGCCAUGAUGCUGCACAGCCGCCUCUUCACCGACACCGCCUCCCGCAGCAUCGGAGCGCUCAACAAGAUACACUUCAACACCCGGUUUGUGGGGAAAACGCUGAUGACCACCUACCCUGGGACUGUGCUGAUGAUCUUCAGCGUUUCCUUGUGGAUCGUGGCUGCGUGGGGCUUACAUGUUUGCGAGAGACACCACAACUACAGAGACCUGAGCAGCAACUACAUGGAGGCCUUGUGGAUGGUUUCUGUCACCUUCCUGUCCAUCGGUUACGGAGACGUCGUCCCUCACACCUACUGUGGACGCAGCAUCUGCCUGCUCACUGGAAUAAUGGGAGCUGGCUGCACCGUCCUGGUGGUGGCGGUCGUUGCCAGGAAACUGGAGCUGACCCGGGCGGAGAAACACGUUCACAACUUCAUGAUGGACUCCCACAUCACCAAGAGGGUGAAUAGCAGCAUCUCUAUCUACCUGACAGUGCAGCAGUCUUACCUUUAACUGGCAUCAUAUAUUUCUCAAUUCAUUUAACUUAACUAAAUAUAGGAGUUUUUGCAUGCAAAUACUCAAAUUUUAUAGUAUAAUUAAUAUAGUAAUUACAUUAUAUUAUAUUGAUUAUUAUAGUAUAAUGGUCUAAUUACAAAUUUUGUUGGAUUUAUACAAUGACAAAUAAAAGC